AACAUGUCUGCCCCACAAACCACUACAUCCGUCGCUACCCGCUCCAACGAGGGCACCGUCGCUCCCAAGGAAGCUUUGAAGCUCCGUCUUGACCUCAACCUCGAAGUGGAGAUCGCCAUCCAGGCCAAGGUCAACGGCGACAUCACCCUCUCCCUCCUUGAGUAAACGUGUCGUAGGACUGGA